CACCCUCAAGUUGGAUAUUUAACUCUCAACUUGCUCUAAUGUGCGCGCCCAUCUCCUGACAGCGACAUUUCCUACACACGUGAACGCAGCACGGCUCAGUUCAUUCCUGCAGCGUCCCGCUGUAGGACAGUCUGUGUGAACUCGGGAGGGGAAGCGCUGUGCUGUUAAAACUCCCAGGAUUUACACUCUGCCAUUUUGAGGAAAAGAGUACAUACGCGUCCAUUAAACAGAAGUCAUGACCUGAAUGAGUGAACCACCACUGUGAAUCUAGGAGAAGGCCUCCAGUUAGCCCAACAAAGGAGGAAUUGUUGAUUUGAACCGGUCAUCAGUCCUCUUCAGCCAUGUGUUCCACAAAUCACUCCAACUGGGUCACAUUUGAAGAUGACAACACACCAUUGUCAUCACCUCAGAAGCCUUCACAGUCACCAGGGCUUAUCAAAGCAUCGGUACCGCGUCCCAAUGGUCUGAAAUUAGUUCUUCCUCCAAUUAGAGAUACUUCCUGGAGCUUCAAUAGUUCUUUGGAAUCACCUCAAAGCCACUCAAGUCUUAGUGGAAGUUCCUGUGUACCAUGUAACACGCCCUUUUGCACUCCUGUGAGUGGGGUUCCUAGCAGUGCGUCUCCAUUUCUCUCUGACACGUUGGAAAAGCACGAUUUCUUCCGGAAUCUCUCCAGCACGUCGACCACCUCUGUUCCCUCUCCCGCACCAGAAGCCCUGCAUCAAACCUCAGAUAGACCAACACCUUUCCCGUCUUUCAAGGGGAACUCAGGACACUAUAACCCGUUCUGGGAUGGAUCUAGCCACAGCGCAGAUGUGGACAGCUCCUCCUCAGACUCAGAAUGUGACAACAGCCUACCACGUUUCUUUAUUCGGACCAAAGAUGGCAGUGAGCCUCCACGAGAUCACUUUCAGAGCUCUUUCUCCUAUGUUUGCAACCAACUGGAAGGGUUACAAACAGAAACUGACCAAGAAACGGGGACAGAAAAAGAUGGUGAGAGGCGGCUAAGUUGCAAAAGUGAAGUGUUAAGCGAGGUUCCUUCACAGUUCGUUCCUCGGGGUUUGUUUCGUAGCCAGAAGAGAGACGGCUGGUCUGUCAUGCUCAGGAUUCCUGAAAAAAAGAACCGUAUGUCUUCGCGACAGUGGGGGCCGAUAUACCUCCGCUUGUUGCCAGGAGGUGUGCUGCAGAUGUACUACGAGAAAGGGCUGGAGAAACCAUUCAAAGAGUUCCAGCUUCUGCCCCAAUGCAGGCUUUCAGAUCUUAAACUGGAAAGCUACGGCGAGCCCCGCAAAGUGCUCUCCGUUAAGGUGGAACAUUUCUCGUACAUUGAGAAGAAACGCUACCACCCCAAGCUGGAGGUUAGUCAUGAGGCGGAGGCAGAAGAGCUGCUCAAGUUUGGCUCCACAGUGCACGACGACAUGGAGGACCUGGUUGUCUCCAUGGAAGAGGAAAUCUUCAAAUUGUGUAUUCACCACCAGCAGAGGCGGCACUACGAGGAGCAGGAGCUGUCCUUGCAGAUCACUGAUCAUAUCUGGGUACAACUGGAUAAGUUUGGAGGAGUCAUGGAGCGGACAGCCUUCACCCAGAUUCACUGUCUUGCGUUCCUGAACGGAUUAGGGGAUUGUUUUCUCGCCCUUAACGAUCUCGGGCUGCUGCGUUCUAACUCCAGCUACGGGUCAGAGGACGACGGCGAACUCUGGAUGGAGAUUGCAGACUGCUAUUUUCACAAAUGUGCCAAUGAGACAGAGUUUCACAGGUCCCGGCUGGUAAAGUUCUCACCUCCUGAGGCCUGCAGGGUGGAGCUGAUGCGGUAUAAGACGGCGCUUUUGGGUUGCACAGAAAUUCCCUUCUCGAUCAAAGCUGUUGUCACAGUUCAAGGUGCCUAUGUGGAGCUCCAGGCCUUUCUUAACAUGUCAGCCACCUUCCUUUCCACUGUGGCCGUGUCUGACACGUACCCGCUGUGUGAGAAUGUAGUGAUCCGUGUGCCAGUGCCGGGCGACUGGGUCAAGGUGACGCAGACAGUGGCCCUGCUGCGACAGAGGUCACUGAAGGCCCGUAUGAACAGAAAUACCUGCUUGGGCGCUGUGAGCGCUGCAGAUUCACAGCCUGUCAUGCAGGUGACCGUCGGCACUGUCAAGUAUGAGAAUGUUUAUUCAGCCAUCGUGUGGAGGAUCGACAGACUGCCUGCAAAGAAUACAGCAGUGGAUCAUCCCCAUUCAUUUUCCUGCAAGCUAGAGCUGGGAUCUGAUCAGGAGAUCCCAAGUGACUGGUACCCUUUUGUCACCAUGGAAUGUGAGAUUAUGGGCGCAGUCGUGUCACAGACCAGGGUGAAGUCACUGGGCACCGCCAACGACAUCCAGCCGCAGAAACAUGUGACCAGUUGGACACGCUAUCAUUGUCAGGUGGAGGUGGAGAAGAAAUGGAUUGAAACUGAGUCACAGAGGCAAUCGGGCUGUAUGACACAGUGAUAAUCAAAGAAGUUUUGAAGAGGACAUUAUCCCUUCUUAAUGAUGAAAAGGGAUGACAAGAAAUGAACAAAAAUGAGGGUGACUUUCUGCUCAUAUUCGGUAUCAAAUUCAUCUAACUACACAUAGCCUGGUAGUAUUUCUGAUGGAGGUUAACCCAUUUUGUAUCCUUUAACUGAGACUGAAUUAAUCUAGACCUUAAGAAUCUAUGUAACAUGGUCCUUUCGCCUAGCACUUUACAUUUAAUAGAUGUAUUAACUGUGCGACUACAGUUUAUAUGAGUACUGUAUAUAAGCUUGCAUUUGCAUCAUCUGCACUGCCCUCCAGAAUGAUUGGCAGCCUUAAUAAAUGUGCGCAGAAUGGUCUGCUUGAGAUAAAAAGCUUUAAGUAAUGAGUAAUAUUCACUGUGUUUGAGAAGAAAAUAAUUAUGCGCUGAUGUUUAGGGUCAGGCCCUUUUGUUGCUUAGUAGUGUUUAAAGUUGACAUACUCAGAAAUGUAUUUAUUCAGAUAUGAAUCUUCAACAACUUAUAUGUGGGAGUACCAUGUCAUUUUUUCUAAUCAAAAUGUUGCAGUUCAUAUAGGAGAUAACCCUUAGCGUUACUAAGUGUCUGAACAAAUGUGCAAGCGGCAAAAGAAACAAUGUGGAAGAGGACUAAAGUGACGUAAUAAUAGUUGCACAAUACAUUGGUUCAAAGGUGGGUCACAUCAUGCUGAGCCCUGAAGAGCAGCAUUUGUCUGAAGUGACUUAAUCACAAUUAUUAAGGCAAUUUGGCUGAACUGACUCAGGCUUGAUGUCAAUUAGCAUCCAUUAUUAGCAGUGAAACACUCUGAUUUAAAGGUUCAAAGCAACAUGAGACAGAUAAAUACAUCAUUUUUCUUAGCCCAAAAGCUACACAUUGAUUUCAUAUAUGAAGGUCUUGCUUUUACAAAGUGCAACUCCAACUGCAACUUAAUAUGACCCACCUCUUGGAGCAAUAUUUGAAAAAGUUAUAAUGUUGUAGCAGCAAUACACAAACUUGUUAAAUCUAAAAUGUACUGUGCAACAAAGAGUGCAAACUUUAUAUAAAGUGAGAUAUUAAUUUUCCUCCUUCCCCACAUGGAAUACAACUCAUUACUUGUGUUGCUUACCUCAAGCUGACCUUUGCCUAUAUACCAAGGUUGUAUUCUGGAGGACUGUCAUUUUAUUUAAACAAAUCAAAUCUUUA